AUUAGCUUCUCAAAUCCUAACCUAACUUUACUUUUUGUAACCUUAAACUCCAGGAACACCUUCAGAUAAAAGAAAUGUGGUUACAAUUCAAUAAUGUUUUGUUACUUACUUCAAGGCGAUGCUUUGGAACAACUCAGACAAUUCAUUUAAACCAAAAAUGGAGACAACAAAGGGGGUUACCCUUAAAUCCAAAUAGUUGUGGGGUGCUAACUGAUGGUCCUGAUUAUUCGUUUUUGGAUGGAAGACCCACUCCUUACGGUGUAGGACAAAAAAAGCGAAUUAUGAAAAAUCAAGAACUAACAGAACAAAUUAUUAAAUUAGCGGGAGAAAUUGACUUUGCAGUGGAAAGACAUAACAAACUAACACAAGAAGAAAACAACAGGAAGCAAAAGAUUCUUGAUAAUAAACUGAAACCAAAAGGAGUGGAGUUGUUGAAAAAGAAAAAAUAACUGUUAGCAUUUGUGUAUUAUUUAGUCAGUGCUUUUGUAAGAGGUGCUUGAUUACCAUAAAGUAAAUGUAUGUUUUAUCUUA